AUGUCGGAAGAUUUUUUAGAGUUUCUGAGGAAUAAAUUCAUUGAUGGCUUAGCGGAAGCAGAGGAUCAAGGGAGGCAACUGCCUAUGCAUCGUCAAUUUCAAGGGAUUCGGGGCGUUUUUCUUAGAAAGGACAUCACCUCAUCCACGCCUACCCAAAUGAUCCAAAUGAGGAAUACGCUCUACCGGCUCCUCGCUGUGUACACCGACUGCCUCAUCUUCUCGGAGAAGCAUCCAAUCCCAAGCACCAAGUUUCUCUUGCCUUUCUACAAUCUCUUCCACUUCUGGUUUCUCAAAAGCACCAAGGAGGUGCUGGGGCGAAUCAAGGGAGAUCUUGGUCUGUAUCCGUGCAUAGAAGACUCCAAUGGCUCACCCGAUCAUAGUGAGGAUCAAGAAAGUCAAAGUCAUGAUCCAGAAAAUCAAAGUCAAAUUUGGUAUCCUCAUGUGUCGGAGAUACGAGGUUUUGAUAGACAAUUCUCAAAAAUCCGAAAUUGGCUUCUGCAAUCUGAUGAGGGAUUCAAGGACAUUGCAAUUGUUGGGAUUGGAGGUUCAGGCAAGACAGCUCUUGCCCGACAACUUUUUUAUGACGAACAUAUUCAGGGUGCCUUUUUCCCCACACUUUGGAUCAGCUUAUCAGGAAAGAUUGAUGCAGACAUAGACUUAAAGCAAGUUGUGAAAGACAUGUUAGUGGAGUUGACUGCUGAGCAUGGACAUGAAAAGAGUUGUAGCACUGAGGAGCCGUUGUCCUCCCUGGGCCGUCGGUUGUUGGGUAAAAAGUACUUGAUUGUGCUUGAUGGCAUAUGGGAUGAAACCAGAGAUUGGUAUUUCAGUCUAGGCCAGGCAUUGAACUGGCCUGAUAGGGACUGCAAUAUCCAAUUUGGUAGAGACCAGAAAAGAAAUGGGAAUACAGUUAUCAUUACUACUAGACUUGAGGAAGUGGGAAAAGGGAUGGUGGGUGAUAAGUAUCUGCAUAGCAUGGAAGGCAUUGGUAAGGAUGAGAUUUGGUCCAUAUUCGAUGAUGCAGUUGAUAAAAGCAAAUUGAAUCCUCAACAGAAUGAUAAAUUGAAGAAAUUGCAAAACGAAAUUGUGAAACAGUGUGAUGGCUUCCCUCUAGGUGUGAAGACAUUAGCUGAGAUCAUUCCAGGCGCAUUGACUAAGGAUCAUUCCGGUGUCGAUGCAGAACCAGAGAGGGGACACAUUGACUCAGAUCAUUACAGUGCCACACAGAACCAUAGAGGGGACACAUUGACUGAGAUCAUUCCAAUGGAGGUCCAGAUUGAUGGAGGGGGGUAA